AUGCCGACUGUCGAAACAUGGGGAAUGGGACUGGUUGCUGGCCCUGUGGCGAUAUCAAGUGUGGUUUAUCUCCUGGAAAACCAACCCGAAAGUCGUAAAAUCAGCUUGCGUGAGGAACAGGUAGAACAGCAUCAGUUCCUGGGUCAGGCGGAAGUUUGGUUUCCUCUUAGUAACGAAGUGCUGAGAAAACCAACUCGGGAACAGUCCGGAAUCUGCAGUUACCGAAAUGCUAAUCGAAAACCGGAGAAGGGGUUGUAUUCUGAAAACCGAACUGCACCUGACACAGUGCAAGAAGACAUUUUCGCUCAUCUGGAAAAGGAGCUAAUUGGUACUCAACAUGAACAAUUUCCCCAAACAGUUCAAAAACAUACUCGUGCUGAAACUAAAAAAUCUGCCAUCCUCCAACCAAAGGUAGAAUUGGAGGCAAAGAGAAUGUUCCAGAAGCUACAGGAGACGCGUUCUCAACUUGAUGGUCUGCACUUAGAACUGAAAAGAAAAGAAUCCAAUUUAAAUAUGUUGCAGACUGAAAAAGAGAGGCUCAGCAAUGAAUUUAAUCUCUCAGAAGAUUCUUAUUUGAAGGAAAAGCAGUCUCUUGUGGAAGAAAUAGUACAGUUGAAGAAGAUGAAGGAGAUUAUGGACAUGGCCAUCUCUCACAAAGAAAUGGAAUUGCUGCAAAGCAAACAGGAACUGGAAAGACAAGUCACCAAACUAAAGAACAAUGAGCAUAAAGUUACAGUAAUAAAGCAACAGAUUGAACGGAGGUCCGAACAAGAGAAGAUGACUGAGACACAGCUAGGAGAAAAGAGUUUGGAGCUAUUAAAAGUACAGUCAGCUCUCCAUGAAACGGAGGAAAAAUAUUAUUCCAAGACAGCCACAAUGCUGGAUAAAAUUACAUGUGAUUUCAGAGAUGAGAUCCGUCAUCUUCGCCAACAACUCCGUGAGAAAGAGGUAAUGAGAGAGCACGACCGCUUCCUCAGGAAUAAAAUAGCAGAUGACCAUGCUACUAUGACCAAGGAGAAUGCUGUGCUAUGUUCACAGACUCUUGAGCUUAAUAAACAAUUGGAAAGGUGUGUUGUAGGAGAGAAUGCUGAAAGAGGAGAUGGAUAUUUGCCGUACUUCCAGUGUAAUUCAACUGAUCACUGUAAAAGGCCGAGAGGAACAACUGCACUAUGAAGUCAAGAGACAUAAGGAACUCCUAGAAAUUGAGAAAAUAAAAUUUAAGGAACUAAUGGAAAAGAUGCUGCCAGACCUGCUGAGCUUUUCCAGCAACUCUGUUUUUGUAAACAAUCAGAAAAUUGAUUCUGCUCCUUGAAGAAAGGAAGACCUCGAUUAAACUGAAUGAAGCCACUGUGCGCAGUCGUAUAGCUGAGACAGAGGGCUGACUUGCAAGUGGUGAAGAAGAGAACCUGCAGCUGCGAAGGGACAAAGCACUUCUAGUUGAUCUUAUCACUGAUUUACAGAAGCAGCUUUCAAGUAAGGAGGAAGAACUUUCUCGAAUCUACUCAGAAAUACAAUUGUUUAAUCAGAACAUUUCUGCUUUGAAGUCUCAGAAUGCAAUGGACCAGUCCUUCCACUCUGAAAAAUGGCAGCAACUCGCGAAAGCGACAGGCGCUGUGAUGGAAUUAACUGGACCAAUGAGGAGAAAUAUUAAAACAAAGACUAACUAAUAAUGGGGACAGUUACAGAUUUAUUUACCAUGAAAUAAAUAAGGAAAAACCUGUGUCUCUGAAAAUAUGUUAGUAAGCAUUUCCACUGAAAACUAAUUUCUAUUUUUGGCUAACUGCUGUUUUGCUAAUAUAUACCAGUAAACUAUAA